GCCCUCAGCCCUCGGUCUCCGGGGGGUGACUUGAGUUGAAAUCUGGUCUUUUGUGAGGAGAGCAGGGGCUGGAAGGGGAGAAAAAAAGAUACCGAGGCGCAGCUUCAUCUGUCAGGGGGCUAUGGGGUGGGAAAGAGUGUGCAGCUCCCGCAGGCCUCCAGGCAGGGGACUUUGGGGGGAGAGGGUGGUCUUCUUCCUGCCCUGUGAGAGUAGUGGGGGAGCUGCUCCCGUGUGUGGACGGGGUAGGGAGACCCGUCUUGCUGGGCUUUUCUGUUUGUUUUGGAGGAGGGUGAGGAAUGCUGAAUGCAUGACGGCUGGGUAUGGUUAGUCCGUCUGGGGGACCUGGGGAGGGUCCCAGAGGCCGGCAACAGACCCGUGAGCAAGGGUGGGGCCAUCCUUCUCCGCCCCCCUCCCCCUCCCGGGGACUCCGUGCUCCCAGAUCAGCGAAGAAGCCGUAGGGAGGGCGAGGGCUCCGGCGAGAGCCCCAGGUGGGGUGCCGAAGGGACGCGCCGGCCACCGCUUGCCCCUUUCCAAAAAGAACCAGCGGGGUCCGCUGUGGCAGGAAACGCACCACCCACCCUCAGCAUGUCACCUCGGGGAGGAGGAGCCAGAUGGCUGAGAGCUAGCAAGGAAAACUCAGGACCAUGAUGGCUCAGUUUCCCACAGUUAUGAAUGGAGGGCCAAAUAUGUGGGCUAUUACCUCUGAAGAGCGGACUAAGCAUGACAAGCAGUUUGAUAACCUCAAACCCUCAGGAGGUUACAUAACAGGUGAUCAAGCACGUUCCUUUUUCUUACAGUCAGGCCUGCCAGCUCCUGUUUUAGCUGAAAUAUGGGCUUUAUCAGACCUGAACAAGGAUGGGAGGAUGGAUCAGCAAGAGUUCUCCAUAGCUAUGAAACUCAUCAAACUGAAGCUUCAAGGCCAGCAGUUGCCCGUGGUUCUCCCUCCUAUUAUGAAACAACCUCCUAUGUUCUCUCCAUUAAUUUCUGCUCGUUUUGGAAUGGGAAGCAUGCCCAAUCUGUCCAUUCCUCAGUCAUUGCCUCCAGUCGCACCUAUAGCAACACCCUUGUCCUCUGCGACUUCAGGGACCACCCUUCCUCCCCUGAUGAUGCCUGCCCCCCUAGUGCCUUCUGUUAGCACUUCAUCCUUACCAAAUGGAACCGCCAGUCUCAUUCAGCCUUUAUCCAUUCCUUAUUCUUCUUCAACAUUGCCUCAUACGUCAUCUUACAGUCUGAUGAUGGGAGGAUUUGGUGGUGCUAAUAUACAGAAAGCCCAGUCUCUAAUUGAUUUAGGAUCUAGUAGCUCAACUUCCUCAACUGCUUCCCUCUCAGGGAACUCGCCCAAAACUGGGACCUCAGAGUGGGCGGUUCCUCAGCCUUCACGAUUAAAAUAUCGGCAAAAAUUUAAUAGUCUUGACAAAAGCAUGAGUGGAUACCUCUCAGGUUUUCAAGCUAGAAAUGCGCUUCUUCAGUCAAAUCUUUCUCAAACUCAGCUAGCUACUAUUUGGACUCUGGCUGACGUUGAUAGUGACGGACAGCUAAAAGCUGAAGAGUUUAUCCUAGCGAUGCACCUCACUGACAUGGCGAAAGCUGGACAGCCAUUGCCUCUGACUUUACCUCCUGAGCUUGUCCCUCCCUCUUUCAGAGGAGGAAAGCAAAUUGAUUCCAUUAAUGGAACUCUGCCUUCAUAUCAGAAAAUGCAAGAAGAGGAACCUCAGAAAAAAUUACCAGUUACUUUUGAGGACAAGCGGAAAGCCAACUAUGAGCGAGGGAACAUGGAACUUGAGAAGCGACGCCAGGCCAUGAUGGAGCAGCAACAGAGGGAGGCAGAACGUAAAGCCCAGAAAGAAAAGGAAGAGUGGGAACGAAAACAGAGAGAAUUGCAAGAACAAGAAUGGAAGAAACAGCUUGAAUUAGAAAAACGCUUGGAGAAGCAGAGGGAAUUGGAGAGACAACGGGAGGAAGAAAGAAGAAAAGAGAUCGAAAGACGAGAGGCAGCAAAACAAGAGCUUGAAAGACAACGGCGUUUAGAAUGGGAGAGAAUUCGUAGACAGGAGCUUCUCAAUCAAAAGAAUAGAGAACAGGAAGAAAUUGUCAGGUUAAACUCUAAAAAGAAGAGUCUUCAUCUCGAGUUGGAAGCACUGAAUGGCAAACAUCAGCAGAUCUCAGGCAGACUUCAAGAUGUCCGACUCAGAAAGCAAACACAAAAGACUGAACUAGAAGUUCUGGAUAAGCAGUGCGACCUGGAAAUUAUGGAAAUCAAGCAACUCCAACAAGAACUUCAGGAAUAUCAAAAUAAGCUUAUCUAUUUGGUACCUGAGAAGCAAUUAUUAAAUGAAAGAAUUAAAAAUAUGCAGCUCGGUAACACACCUGAUUUAGGGAUCGGUUUACUUCAUAAAAAAUCAUUAGAAAAGGAAGAAUUAUGCCAAAGACUUAAGGAACAAUUAGAUGCUCUUGAAAAAGAAACUGCAUCUAAGCUAUCUGAAAUGGAUUCAUUUAACAAUCAACUAAAGUGUGGGAAUAUGGAUGACUCUGUUCUUCAGUGCCUUUUGUCUCUGCUAAGCUGUCUCAACAACCUCUUCCUCUUACUUAAGGAACUGAGAGAAAGCUACAACACACAGCAGUUAGCCCUUGAACAACUUUAUAAGAUCAAACGUGACAAGUUGAAGGAAAUUGAAAGAAAGAGAUCAGAGCUAAUACAGAAAAAGAAACUAGAAGAUGAGGCUGUAAGGAAAGCAAAGCAAGGAAAAGAAAACUUAUGGAGAGAAAGUCUUAGAAAGGAGGAAGAAGAAAAACAAAAGCGACUCCAGGAAGAAAAAACACAAGAAAAAGUUCAAGAAGAGGAGCGGAAGGCUGAGGAGAAACAAUGUGAGCCAGCUAGUGCUUUGGUGAAUUAUAGAGCAUUAUACCGCUUUGAAGCGAGGAACCAUGAUGAGAUGAGUUUUAAUUCUGGAGAUAUAAUACAGGUUGAUGAAAAAACCGUAGGAGAACCUGGUUGGCUUUAUGGCAGUUUUCAAGGAAGUUUUGGCUGGUUUCCAUGCAACUAUGUAGAGAAAAUGUCAUCAAAUGAAAAAACUGUGUCUCCUAAGAAGGCCUUACUUCCUCCUACAGUAUCUUUAUCUGCUACCUCAACUACUACUGAAUCACUGUCUUCAAAUCAACCAGCAUCAGUGACUGAUUAUCAAAAUGUAUCUUUUUCAAAUCUAACUGUUAAUACAUCAUGGCAGAAAAAAUCAGCUUUUACUCGCACUGUGUCCCCUGGAUCUGUAUCACCUAUUCAUGGACAGGGACAAGUUGUAGAAAACCUAAAAGCACAGGCCCUUUGUUCCUGGACUGCAAAGAAAGAUAACCACUUGAACUUCUCAAAACAUGAUAUUAUUACUGUCUUGGAGCAGCAAGAAAAUUGGUGGUUUGGGGAGCUACGUGGAGGAAGAGGAUGGUUUCCAAAAUCUUACGUCAAAAUCAUCCCCGGGAGUGAAGUCAAGCGAGAAGAACCAGAAGCUUUGUAUGCAGCUGUAAACAAGAAACCUACCUCCACAGCCUAUACGGUUGGAGAAGAGUAUAUUGCACUUUAUCCAUAUUCAAGUGUAGAACCUGGAGAUUUGACUUUCGCUGAAGGUGAAGAAAUAUUGGUGACCCAGAAAGAGGGAGAAUGGUGGACAGGAAGUAUUGGAGAUAGAACUGGAAUUUUUCCAUCAAAUUAUGUCAAAGCAAAGGAUCAAGAGAGUUUUGGGAGUGCUAGCAAAUCUGGAACAUCAAGUAAAAAACCUGAGAUUGCACAAGUAACUUCAGCAUAUGUGGCUUCUGGUUCUGAACAACUUAGCCUUGCACCAGGGCAGUUAAUAUUAAUUCUAAAGAAAAAUACAAGUGGGUGGUGGCAAGGGGAGUUACAGGCCAGAGGUAAAAAGCGACAGAAGGGAUGGUUUCCUGCCAGCCAUGUUAAACUUUUGGGUCCAAGUAGUGAAAGAACUACACCUGCCUUUCAUCCAGUGUGUCAGGUGAUCGCUAUGUAUGACUACACAGCGAAUAAUGAGGAUGAGCUAAACUUCUCCAAGGGACAACUUAUUAAUGUUUUGAACAGAGAUGAUCCCGACUGGUGGCAAGGAGAAAUCAGUGGGCUGACUGGUCUCUUUCCUUCAAACUAUGUUAAGAUGACAACAGACUCAGAUCCAAGUCAACAGUGGUGUGCCGAUCUCCAAACCCUGGACACCAUGCAGCCAAUAGAGAGGAAAAGGCAGGGCUACCUUCACGAGCUGAUUCAGACUGAGGAGCGGUACGUGGACGACCUUCAGCUCGUCGUGGAGGUUUUUCAGAAACCAAUGAUGGACUCAGGCGUCCUCACGGAAGGAGAAAUGGCCGUGAUCUUUGUUAACUGGAAGGAGCUCAUCAUGUCCAACACGAAGCUGCUGAAGGCCUUACGGGUGCGGAAGAAGACCGGCGGCGAGAAGAUGCCCGUGCAGAUGAUUGGGGACAUCCUGGCAGCUGAGCUGUCCCACAUGCAGGCUUACAUCCGGUUCUGCAGCUGUCAGCUUAAUGGAGCAGCUCUGUUACAGCAGAAGACAGAUGAAGACACCGACUUCAAGGAAUUUUUAAAGAAGCUGGCGUCCGACCCCCGAUGUAAAGGAAUGCCCCUUUCCAGCUUCCUGCUGAAGCCCAUGCAGAGGAUCACUCGCUACCCCCUCCUCAUCAGAAGCAUUCUGGAGAACACCCCUGAGCACCACGUAGACCAUUCCUCCCUAAAGCUGGCCCUCGAGCGGGCAGAGGAGCUGUGCUCUCAAGUUAAUGAAGGCGUUCGGGAGAAGGAAAAUUCAGACCGACUGGAGUGGAUCCAGGCACACGUUCAGUGCGAAGGCCUCGCAGAGCAACUUAUUUUCAACUCCCUCACCAACUGCCUGGGGCCUCGGAAGCUUCUGCACAGUGGGAAACUCUACAAGACCAAGAGCAACAAGGAGCUGUGCGGGUUCCUCUUCAAUGACUUCCUGCUGCUCACCCACAUGGUCAGGCAGUUUGCGGUCUCCUCGGGCUCUGAGAAGCUUUUCAGCUCCAAGUCCAACGCUCAGUUCAAAAUGUACAAGACGCCCAUUUUCCUGAAUGAAGUCUUGGUGAAACUGCCCACAGACCCUUCCAGCGAUGAGCCUGUUUUCCACAUUUCCCACAUUGACCGGGUCUACACCCUCCGCACAGACAACAUUAACGAGAGGACUGCCUGGGUCCAGAAGAUCAAGGCGGCUUCUGAGCAGUACAUCGACACCGAGAAAAGGAAACGGGAGAAGGCUUAUCAAGCUCGCUCUCAAAAGACCUCAGGCAUUGGGCGACUGAUGGUGCAUGUCAUUGAAGCUACAGAAUUAAAAGCCUGUAAACCAAAUGGAAAGAGCAAUCCAUAUUGUGAAAUCAGCAUGGGCUCCCAGAGCUACACUACCAGAACCCUCCAGGACACACUAAAUCCCAAGUGGAAUUUUAACUGCCAGUUCUUUAUUAAGGACCUUUUCCAGGAUGUGCUGUGUCUCACCAUGUUUGACAGAGACCAGUUUUCACCAGAUGAUUUCCUGGGUCGUACUGAAGUUCCAGUGGCAAAAAUUCGAACAGAACAGGAAAGCAAAGGCCCCACCACUCGCCGACUCCUGCUGCACGAGGUUCCCACCGGGGAGGUCUGGGUCCGCUUUGACCUGCAGCUUUUUGAGCAAAAGACUCUCCUGUAGGAGCCUUGGGGACCUGCCCACUAGGCUGGGCUGGAGAAGACUGCGGUGCUGCCUCCAGGCUGCAGGAGGGUCACGCGGCUUCAUCCAUCACUAGGCCACGCACGCCGGGGCCCUCUAUGUUAUUGCACACUAAAAUCGCUAGCAAUCUAUGCAAACAUGAUCUUUCCUACACAUAAACCCAACCCCACAGCACAGUGCCUUGUACUAGUGUUAACAUGCUCGGCUGUGUUUAGAUGCCAAGGUUUCCAUUUUCAGGGCUAUAAAAAGUAUUAUGUGGAAAUGAGGCAUCAGACCACCAGAUGUUACCACUUGGUUGAAUGUGUCCACUGUGGGUGGUUUUGGUGACGCUGUAACCAUUCCACACCACGUGACCUCUGCCGGGUCACAGCCACUCAGGAGGUAAAGGAUUGGGACGAAAUGCUGCAGCCUCAGCGUGUGAACAGCCUGAUACUGAAAUAGUGUCUACUCGUGCACUGAAUAAAAACAGAAACUUGAUCGUUUUAUUCCUGAUUAGGUUUUAUCAUUCUCUGCUGAGACAAUAUAGUUUGAAAUCUACAGGGGAAAGCUUGAUUUACUUUAAAUACUGUGAACUCUAAUGAUGUGGAAAAUAUUUUUCAACUUUAAUUUUCUGAAGUAUAAAUUAUUUAUGUAAAUUCCUUGUUUUGCAUAUUUCAUAGGACAUGCAUCUUUAAGCUUUAUCAUUGCCAAUAUGUAGAGAAAGAAUAAAAAUACAAGUUUAUGAAUGUAA